AUGGCGGAUACUGCAGAGGAUUAUUCAUACGAUUACGAAUACCUUUUUAAAAUUGUUCUCAUCGGAGAUUCUUCGGUCGGAAAAACCAACCUUUUGUCUAGGUUCACAAGAGACGAGUUCAACCCAGACUCCCGGGCCACUAUAGGCGUCGAGUUUGCCACGAGAACGGUGGAGAUCGAUGGUAAAAGAGUCAAGGCUCAGAUCUGGGAUACUGCGGGACAGGAAAGAUACAGAGCAAUCACUGCUGCGUACUAUAGAGGAGCGGUGGGGGCGCUUGUUGUUUAUGACAUAUCCAGCUCAAACUCAUACGAAUCGGUCUCUAGAUGGCUCAGGGAAAUGAAAGAACAUGCCGACGCAAACAUAGUGAUAGCUCUUGUUGGCAACAAAUCUGAUUUGGAUCAUCUGAGGGCAGUCCCUACUGAAGAAGCUAAAGAUUUCGCUGCUGAGAAUAAUUUGUUAUUUACUGAAGCAUCUGCAUUGAACGCCGAAAACGUCGAGCUUACUUUCCAUCAACUUAUCAAGAACAUCUACGAAAUGGUUUCAAAAAGAAAAUUCGAUAUGGAUGGCAUGGAUUCUUCUGCUAACAAAAACCUUGGAGGACAAACCAUCACGCUCACGCCCGCUCCUAAGGAUCAGAAAAUCUCAAAAAAUUCUGGCUGUUGCUAA